AUGGAAGAGGUAGUAUCAACAUUGGACUCAUCCCAUAUGACCAGUGAACAGUCGUUUACUCCUCAGCCAUUUGAUCUUGGAAGGAGACAACCGUGGCUCUGGGCAACAGUAGCACUGAAAAUACGAAACGUGAGUCUAAUAUUCAUCUAUCUAUCUAUCUAUCUAUCAUUUUAUCGGUUAGUCCAUUUCACAUUCAUCUAUCUAUCUAUCUAUCUAUCUAUCUAUCUAUCUUUUUCUUCUUUUCUUUUUUCUCGGUUUGUCCAUUUGUUAUCUAUCUUUCUUCUUUAUUGGUUCUACCUUGGACUGUCUAUCUAUCUAUCUAUCUAUCUAUCUAUCUAUCUAUCUAUCUAUCUAUCUAUCUACGGAGACACUCUUGUGGCUGAAACAUCAUCAAUUUUGUUAUUCACUCCAAUGAUUACUGUGCCCGUGUUAGGAAAUAUAUUCAUUUUCUUCUUUUGGUUCUUCAUAAAGCAUUUUUACUCUUUGAAAGGUGUUUCUCCGUCAGACGUCACUGCUGCAAAUUCUCGCGUCGACAUCAAGGUUAGUGCGAUAAAGUCAACAUCAAACCCCAGCCCGACGACUAUGGCAGACAUAACUUCCAAGCCAAUGGCCAGCACAACCACUGAAUCAGCGAUGACGACGACAACGACAAUGGAAACCAUGCCAACCACGCUCCCUAAGACGAAACUUUCCUUUUCCUCAAGAAAUACACCACCUAAAACCGAGGCACCCGAAGUCGACCUUUGGGAAUCAGUUCUUGGUGAAGUUCACCACGAUUUUCUCGGCGAUGUACCCACAACACGGAGAUCCCCGUUUCUUGAUCUAGCUGCUCGUAAACUACAAAAAAAUCCAGGUUCAGCCGUCAAAUCCGACACCGCUCAUAUAUGGGAGCCCGGAAAUAUUAUCCUGACUAUCCCAUCAGCAGGAAAUUUGCAGACAAAAGAAGCACGGGUUGGGCUAAAAUCAACCUCGCAAAAUGGUCAACGGACAAACGCCAAGAAAGUGUCAGUGAAAGUUCCACACAGGAAUAUCGCGGGUCACCAUUCGAGAAAGACGAUCAGCGUUGUUCCCAAUGUCAGUACUCGAUCCACCUCAAUUGUCCACCCUCCUUUUAAUAUAGAAUCAGUGUCCAACUUGAAAUAUCCAAGACCCGCUGAGAUAGAUAGCAGAUUAGGCGAUCGCGUAUUCAGUAAAGGAAUACCAUCCCCCAAAAAUCGUGGUCCGAAUAGUCAGAAGUCAAGUGUUUCAAGCGGAAACCAUGUGGUUAACGAAAGAAUGGAUACUUUUAACACGGUUUUUGCAUCUAGAAAAUCUAUUCGAGUUGACCAAGCUGCCACCGAACAUUGGCAUCAGUCCGCCUCACUAACUCAUUUUAAUCAAAAUUCAAAAACAGAUCACACAAGGUGGGAACAGCAUACGUCUCAUAUUUCACCAGGGAUCAAAGAGCCGAAAUCGGGCUCUAUUCGUUUGCCUUCUUUCAAUGAAGGUUUCGGAAUAGAUCAUCUAAAGUUAGUUCCCGCCAUAGAAUCCACUGGAAACAACCGACCUUCCCCCGGCAGGUCAGUCCACAGAAUAAAGGCAUCUGAUUCGAAUAAUAAUAGGCGAAUCUUUUCACCGCAUAGCGCUAACGAAAGGCAGAAAGCCGACCGGGCUAAUUCGCGACCGAACGAUGUUGCAGUGCAAAGGCCGACACUCUUCAAGCCGCACUUGAAUCACGUUUUACAACAGAGCAAAGUCGAACACAGACCGUUUGAGCCGACUUCGAUAAAGGAGCUUUCGGGUUCUGUUAAUUCUCCAAGACUCGAAGAACCAGUAAGCGGUUUAAAGACCAGUAAGAACGACAACCUGCCCGAUUUAGGGGUCAGUAACUUCCGGCCCGCGCUGUCCCAGGUCCCUAUCCAUUGGUCCGUCUCCGUUGGUCCGUCUCCGUUGGUCCGUCUCCGUUGGUCCCUAUCCGUUGGUCCGUCUCCGUUGGUCCCUAUCCUUUGGUCCGUCUACGUUGAUCCGUCUCCGUUGGUUCCUAUCCGUUGGUCCCUAUCCGUUGGUCCGUCUCCGUUGGUCCCUAUCCGUUGGUCCGUAUCCGUUGGUCCGUCUACGUUGGUCCGUCUCCGUUGGUCCCUAUCCGUUGGUCCGUUUCCGUUGGUCCGUCUCCGUUGGUCCCUAUCCGUUGGUCCGUCUCCGUUGGUCCGUCUACGUUGGUCCGUCUCCGUUGGUCCCUAUCCGUUGGUCCGUCUCCGUUGGUCCCUAUCCUUUGGUCCGUCUACGUUGAUCCAUCUCCGUUGGUUCCUAUCCGUUGGUCCGUCUCCGUUGGUCCGUAUCCGUUGGUCCGUCAUCGUUGGUCCAUCUCCGUUGGUCCCUAUCCGUUGGUCCCUAUCCGUUGGCCCGUUUCCGUUGGUCCCUAUCCGUUGGUCCGUCUACGUUGGUCCGUCUCCGUUGGUCCGUCUCCGUUGGUCCCUAUCCGUUGGUCCGUCUACGUUGGUCCCUAUCCGUUGGCCCGUCUCCGUUGGUCCCUAUCCGUUGGUCCGUCUCCGUUGGUCCCUAUCCGUUGGCCCGUUUCCGUUGGUCCCUAUCCGUUGGUCCCUCUCCGUUGGUCCCUAUCUGUUGGUCCGUCUCCAUUUUGAUCUGAGCAUGACUUAUCUCUUCGUCUCUUCGCUCCGUCCGUACAAGUUACUGAGAGGUUCGGCGAUGUCUUUUUCUUCCACAUCAACGCCGAGGUUGGUUGAAGCUGAUUUUAAACUUCCAUGA